UUUGAGUGCGUGGUUUUGACUUUUGACAGAAAAAGAUAAUGAUAACAUAACACACGUAGCUAGUAUUUAAAAAUUUCAGAAUCAUUUGUAGUUUUCCCGUCUGGUUAUAAAGUUUAUAUCUAGUAUUCGUAUUUUGUAAAUCUUCACAAUGCGAUUGAUUUCCGUAAUUUUAAGUUCGCUAUGUUUCAUGUUAGUUUCUGCAAAAAUAGACCCGCAAAAUUUAAAAUGCCUUGUUUGUCGCCAGACGUUCGAAGAGCUGAAUAAGGUUAUCAAGAACGUGGAGAAAUGGAAAAAAGUGGAUGUGGGCAACUUCAGAAUGGAUGCAGAUGGCAACACCAUGCAGCAGAAGGUGCCCGCGCACCGUUCUUCUGUCUACAUCUCUGAGCUCAUUGACAGCAUCUGCAAGAAGAUGGACGACUACGUGCGCGUGUACUACAAGUCGACCGGCAAGCUGGCCAUCAUGCAGCUGAUGACGGAGGAGGGCGGCAUGAACCCGGACUUCAGCAAGACCAAGUUCGUCACCGACGACGACCUCAACAAGAGCCUCGAAUACUACUGCGAGCGCAUGUUCGAGGAGAGCGAGGACGAGAUCACGUCGCUGUACAAGCUGCGGCCGCACGACGACGUGAUGCCCGACGCGGAGCAGGCGAUCUGCUUCGAGCACACGAAGUACUGCGAGCGGUGGAUGUUGCCGACGGCCGAAGACACCACGUGGACGCCGGAGAUGGAGGCCGAGUACGUCAAGAUACAUGGACCUGACCCGUACGGGUUCGGAGGCGCGCCGCCCCCCGCCCCCGACAUGCCCGAGCUGGGGGAGCUGGGCGAGCUGGGCGAGCUGGGCCACAGCCCGCCGCAGCCGGAACACGACCUGGGCGAGGACAUGGAGGCGGAGGAGCAUCACGACGAACUGUAGCCACACAUCCCUACACCGUACUCUAUUCACUUUACUUAUUUGUUGCCAUUUCCCUGACUAUAGAAAUGUUAAACAUUCUUGUGGUUUUAUUUAGUUGUAAAUGUUGUGUCGGAGGCAUUUGUUGAGGAAUGCUGGCUGCAUGUGGUGCGCCACGCUUUGUUUGUGAUAAUGAGCAGUUGUGAGAUGCCAUCCUGUGCAUAAUUCAGGCCCCAAUUAACUCUUAGCCGAUUAUGAGUGCCCCUUAGCGGUUGCACAAACUGUAACAUGAAACAUGGUAUUGUAUUGUAUGGAGAAAGUUAUUUUUGUACGACAUUGGUAUGUUAUAAACGUAAGAAUUCAUAGUAUUUCUAAUACUAAUGUCGCCCUGUCCGAGCCGUUCGUUAACAAUAAAUGUAAUGUUAAUUU